AGCUGAAGGAGCGCACUGAUUGGCUGAGCGAGCGGCGGCGCAGGGCAGAAGAGGCCCUUCCGCCUGGCGCUCCGGGGACUAGACUGCGGCGGCCUUUGCUCCGGUCCCCCCUGCGAGCUGGGACGCUGGAGUCCCACCACCCAGAGAGCAACAGGGAAAAUAAAGGCUGCCGGCAUUUCAGGACCAAAUGCCAACUGGAAGCAGUGUAUUUCUCAGAAUUCCAUCGCCCUUGGAUUUUGUGAGAUGUGCAGAAAUGAAGAUUAAUAAUUCAAUUGACAACAAAGACAAGGUUCAGCAGGUAGCUAUGGUGUAUUCAUCUGGCAUCCAUCGCUUUCCACGGAUACCCUACACAUCGUCUGAGGCACCUCUGCCUUAAGAGAAUUGUGAGAAUCUGAUGUUCCAGCAGAACUCCAGGUAUUAAAAGAACCUCUGCAACAGCCAACUUUCCCUUUUGCAGUUGCAAACCAACUCUUGCUUGUCUCUUUGCUGGAACACUUGAGCCAUGUGCACGAAACAAAUCCAGUUCGUUCAAAACAGGUGUUUAAAUUACUUUGUCAGACUUUUAUCAAAAUGGGGCUGCUGUCUUCAUUCACCUGCAGUGAUGAGUUUAGCUCAUUGAGACUGCAUCACAACAGAGCUAUUACUCAUUUAAUGAGGUCUGCCAAAGAGAGAGUUCGGCAGGGUUCUUGUGAGGAUAAUUCUUACAUGCAGAAAAUCAGAUCCAGGGAAGUAGCCUUUGAAGCACAAACUUCACGUUACUUAAAUGAAUUUGAAGAGCUUGGCAUCUUAGGAAAAGGUGGUUAUGGAAGAGUAUAUAAGGUCAGGAAUAAACUAGAUGGUCAGCAUUAUGCAAUUAAGAAAAUCCUGAUUAAGGGUGCAACUAAAACAGAUUGUAUGAAGGUGUUACGGGAAGUAAAGGUGUUGGCAGGUCUUCAGCACCCCAAUAUUGUAGGCUAUCACACUGCAUGGAUAGAGCACGUUCAUGUGCUUCAGCCCCAAGCAGAUCGAGUUCCUAUUGAGUUGCCCUCUCUCGAAGUGAUCUCUGAAGAGGACAGAGAUAAAUACAGUGUAAAUGGUGAUGAAAAUAGCAGUUCGUCCAUUAUCUUCUCUGAGUUCAUUUCAGAAAAAGAAAAACAUGUUGGUGAACCUGACAUUGAAAAUCAGAAUAACAAAUUGGUGAACUACACCAACAAUUUAGUCAUAAGGAACAGCAGUGAAUUUGAAUCAUCCAUUGGGUUCCAAGAAAAUGACUUGGUUGAUUUGUCUGCUGGAUCAGUUGUCAAGCAUCAACCCCUGCUCAGGCAUAACUCAGACCUAGAAGGGAAUUUCACAUCCACCGAGGAAUCUUCUGAAGAAAACUUAAACUGGUUUGGGAAGACAGAGGUGCCGUAUCACCUGAUGCUGCAUAUCCAGAUGCAGCUGUGUGAGCUUUCCCUGUGGGACUGGAUCACCGAGAGGAACCGGCGGGCCCAAGAGAGUGUGGAUGAAGCUGCCUGUCCUUAUGUUAUAGCCAGUGUUGCAACAAAAAUUUUUGAAGAAUUGGUGGAAGGUGUCUUUUACAUACAUAAUAUGGGAAUUGUACACAGAGAUCUGAAGCCUAGAAAUAUUUUUCUUCAUGGCCCUGAUCAGCAAGUAAAAAUAGGAGACUUUGGCCUGGCCUGCACAGACAUCAUACAGAAGAACGUGGACUGGACCAAUAGAAAUGAGAAGGCCGUAGGAGCGCCAGCACGUACUUCCAGAGUGGGGACCUGUUUGUACGCUUCACCAGAGCAGCUGGAAGGAUCGGAGUAUGAUGCCAAGUCAGAUAUGUACAGCCUGGGUGUGAUCCUGCUGGAGCUCUUUCAGCCAUUCGGGACGGAGAUGGAACGAGCAGCGGUUCUAACAGGUGUAAGAACCGGUCGGACACCUGAGUCCCUCAGUAAAAGGUGCCCGGUGCAGGCCAAAUAUAUCCAGCACCUGACCAGCAGGAACGCAGCCCAGAGACCAUCUGCUCAGCAGCUGCUGCAGAGUGAACUUUUCCAAACUCCUGGGAAUGUGAAUCUCACCCUACAGAUGAAAAUAAUAGAGCAAGAAAAAGAAAUUGAAGCACUGAAGAAGCAGCUAAGCCUCCUUUCUCAGGACAGAGGGGUAAAGGAUGAAGACACACCAUCCAGCCUUAACUAGGCUGUAUCAGUAACAUGAGAGCGGACUCUCAGAAUAGUCAUCUUGGAUGUAAAUUUUCAAUCUUGAGUAUACAGAAUGUGACUUCUCGGUUGUAUUUAAUAACCUGUGCACGACUUCUAUAAGCUGUAAAGGACACUUGGCUACCUUUCUUUCCUUUCUAUUUCAAAAUUGUAGGAAAUUCUUGCCUAAUUGGCAGUCCUCCUGGUAUAGUUUGAGUGCAAAUGAUAGUGCUGAAUUUUACAUAAACCCAAACUCACAAAUUAAUAUGAUGAUUUAUUGAUACUUGACAACUGGCCUAAAUAAAAAGACUGAUUCUGUU